AUGGACGAUACCGAGCGACGCUCUGCCAAGCGCUCGCGCUUCGACCAAACCGAACCCGAGCCGCGCAAGGCGUCGAGAUUCGAUCGCCGCUCCCGUUCGCCACCUUCGAGGCGCUCGGAAUCGGCGAGAGAUCGUAGCCCUUUGGCAGCCGACGGCGCGCCCGAGCCGAAGAAGUCGCCCGUGGAUGCCGCUGCUGCUGCCGCCGCCGCUGCCGCUCGAAUCAACGCGCAACUGCAGGCGAAGAAAGGCAUCCAGCACGUCGAUGUUCCCCCGAUCAAAACCGCGGCUUCCCCUGUCGGCGGUGCGCAGUCGCCCGAUCCGGCCAACACGAUCAAUGGCGAGAUGUAUAUUGCCGAUGGCGACUACAUCAAAGACAUUGAAGUGAACGACCUUCGCAACAGAUACCUCCUGACCAAAGGAUCGACUCAGAAGAUGAUCAAAGAAGAGACCGGUGCUGAUGUUACUACCCGAGGAAACUAUUAUCCCGACAAGAGCAUGGCUACCGCCGCGAAUCCUCCCCUCUACCUACACGUCACGAGCACAUCGAAGAAGGGCCUUGAGCAGGCUGUUGCUAAGAUAGAAGAACUCAUGAAACAGGAGCUCCCUGCGCUGGUGGACGAGCGUCGUUUCCGUCGCCGCGAUCAAGAGCAAGUCGAGAGAGAUGAAUACGGCCGACGCAAAUGGCCCGAGGAGAAGAUCCCCAUCGGCUUGGAAUCUGUCCCGGGAUUCAACCUUCGUGCCCAGGUCGUUGGUCAUGGAGGUGCCUACGUCAAGCACAUCCAGCAGGAAACUCAAUGCCGUGUCCAAAUCAAGGGACGUGGCUCCGGAUACCUGGAGGCGGCUACCAACCAAGAAAGCGACGAAGAGAUGUUCCUUCACGUUGCUGGUCCUGAUCCUAAGAUGGUUGAGAAGGCCAAGGAGCUUUGUGAGGACUUGAUUGCCAACGUUAAGGAGCAAUACGAGGAGUUCAAGAGCAGACCGCCUCGUAGCUACGGCGGCGGUGGUGGCUAUGGCGAUCGGUCCCGCAGCCACGAUGGUGGUCACGGUGGCGGUCACGGUGGUUACCAAGGCCACGGCGGCCAUGGCGGUGGCGGCUACAACUCUGGACAUGGAGGUCAUGGUGGCCAAGGUGGCCACGGAGGCCACAGCGGCUAUGGGGGCCACAGUGCUCCUCAAUCGGCGAGCCCGGCUCCUCCCGGCGGUUCUAACAGCCCCGCUGCCGGAGCCGAUUACGCUGCUCAGUAUGCACAGUACUACGGCGGACAGGACCCGUAUGCUGCCUACGGUGGUUACGCUGCUUACGUUCAGAUGUACCAGCAGUACUACGCCGCUGCGCAAGCACAGCAGCAGGGCUCGCCCGCACCCCCUGGGGCUUCUGCAUCCCCCCCUCCUCCGCCGCCUAGCGAGGCCGCGCCACCACCACCCCCUCCAAGCUCUGCGCCCCCGCCACCCCCAUCGGGCUCACCUCCCGGCACCGGAGCAUAUGGCUCAGUACCGCCCCCGCCCGGUCUUUAG